UGUCUUUACGAUGGAAUAUCUCACGGCAUUUCGCGUCUUGGUCGUGCCCUUGACACAUCGCAUAGCUUGAUCAAUACCUUCUAUUACUACAGAAGGUAUUGGUGACCAAUGAUCUUACCUACAUAAACUACAUAUAUAGAGCUCACUGGCUUUGAUACGGUCAUGAUCAUGCGACAUCCAUUGGCAUAUCCGAGAAUCAUAAGGUUAUUUAUACCAUACGAGAGAUUUUCCAUUGUGAUAUCAGGCCCUGGCGCGCCACGGUAUAAGAGCCGGAGUUUAAUAAGUGGAGUGAUUUACGUCAUCCCCCCCCUCCGGCGAUUGUUUAGUUCCACGUUCCACCCGUUCGAGCGCAGCUUUGAGGCCAGUUUGAGGCAGGGUUAACGCUAUAUGGUUACGAGAUUUAAUACAUAGUUUGCCUGCCCUGGGCUCACGAGCAGUGUCGCAACAUAGUAUGAUGGGUAUUUUGAAUGAUAGAAUGAGGGGACAUGUGGGGAGGUAAUAUUGGUAAUAAUUGUGAAAGUUUUGUACCAUAUAAUUGUAGCCCAGUUAAUCUUUUGGUAAGGCAGUGUGCAGAAGUAGUUUUGGCGGCCUGAACCGAUAAUUUGUUUCCACAAUGAGUAAAAGGAAAGCUCCUUCGGGUGAAAAUAAUCCUAAUCAUGAUUUUUGCGAAUUUUUGACAGAAUUGGCGAAUUACGAAAGAAAUGUGAAUCGAAAUGUAUACAAGUAUAAUGCUUAUAGGAAAGCAGCUCGUACUUUGGCAGAUUAUCCUACUCGUAUAAAAUCUGGUGAAGAAGCCAGGAAAUUGAAUGGAAUAGGUGAAAAAAUUGCCAAAAAAAUUGAUGAAUAUCUCCAAACUGGCAAAUUAAAAAAGCUGGAAAAUAUCCGAUCUGAUGAUGUCAAUGUUGCUAUUAAUGAACUGACACGUAUCUCUGGCAUUGGCCCGGCUAAAGCAAAAGAAUUAGUAGAAGCAGGCAUUAAAUCUGUGAAUGAUCUGCAUAAACAUAAAGAUAAGCUUAACCAUCAUCAGCUUAUUGGUUUAAGGUACUUGGAAGACUUUGAGAAAAAAAUACCAAGGAAAGAAAUUAAAGAAAUUGAAGACUUAAUUAAGAAGGAAGUAAGAAAUGUUGACUCUGAGUAUAUUAUAACUAUCUGUGGCAGCUACAGGCGUGGAAAGUUGGAGAGUGGGGACAUAGAUGUUUUACUUACUCAUCCAUCAUACAACUCUUCUGAAAGUCCCAAGAAAAAAACAAAACUUUUGCAUGAUGUUGUUAAAUUAUUGGAAAAGAAAAAUAUUAUUACUGAAACCAUAUCUUUAGGAGAUACAAAAUUUAUGGCAAGUUUUUUAAAAACGGGCGUGUGCAAACUUUCAAAGAAUGACUGCUUUACAGCACGGCGUCUAGAUAUUCGUUUGACACCACAUGAUCAAUAUUAUUGUAGUGUAUUGUACUUCACUGGUUCUGAUCUUUUCAAUCAGAGAAUGCGUGCUCAUGCACAAGAGCAUGGGUUUACAUUGAAUGAGUAUUCGCUUAGGAAACUGGAUGCUGCUGGUGUUCCAGGAGACACACUACCAGUAUCAUCAGAAAAAGAUAUUUUCAAGCAUAUUAACUUUCCAUACAAGAAACCUGAAGAAAGAGACUCAUAGAAAGAUGUAAAACUUGAAAUGUACUGAAUCAGUUUAUGUCUUUAAUUGUAUCCAAAUCAUUUGUGUAUCGACUGUGUAAAGAAUAGAAAAAAAAAAAUUCUCAAAGAAGAAGUAGGAUUUAUUUUAAUUACUUGUAAUCUAAGGUUUUAUGGAACUUUGACAGUAAUAAGAAUGGGAAUGUGCCAAAAGUGGUAGUUGCAUCUAUCAUUUAGUUUUAAUUAUUUCACAAAUUUUCAACAUUUAUAUUGAAGGCAUCUGUAUAUCAUGCUAUUUGCACCAUGGUGACAGUGAAUAUGAUAUUUUCGUUAAUAAUGAAAUUCUGUUUAAAGAUAAAUUUAUUGUGUGUAAUGAAAUAAGGUGUAACAAGCAUAUUCUUUGCAAUUCAAGGUCUAAUGAAAACUAAAUCAAAUUACCUGAAAGUAAAAUUAAUGGCUAAUAUCUUUCAUGAAAAAUAUUACUUGAAGUAAAUUUGUUGUACCCUUGUACUUAGCACAUUGUGUGUCUUGCCUUUGUACCAAUUUUAUUUUAUUGUCAACUGCAGUAAAAAUAAUUUGUCACUUGAAAGGAGACAAACACAAACGAAUAAAAUAAUUAAAACUUACUUUAGUGUGCAACUAAAAGC